UAAGUCUUACACAGAAAUAAAUGGAGCCAUUUGGAGUCAAAUUUGGCCCUGGGGUCGCUUUAUUCCCCCUUUUCAGGAAAGUCAAUUGAUUUCGUUCGAGAUUAUUCAUAAGGACGGCAUUUAAAAGGACCACCAGAAUCCCAAAAGUAAAGAAAAGAAAAGAAAAGAAAAGCGAUGGCUUCUACACCUUCUGCUUCAGCCCUAUCGGCUGUUCUCCGGUGCCAGGGGAAUAUACUCGCCCGAAAACAGGCGAACAAGCAACCCGUGGCUUCAGUGUACGGGCUCGGGAUGGCAUAUGACGCCAACUCCGAUUCGCGUCCAGGAAAUUCGGACAAAUCUUAUUUUCGCGCUCUUUGGGGAUUCGUAUUUCACAGAGAGCGCGGGGAGAUUCCGGGAGUUUUGUCAGUAAAAGCGCGAUUUGAAACGCGCGAUCUGAGAAAAUCUACUAAAAUGAAUUGUGAAAACAGUGACAGUCUGGUCAAAAACUGCUCAACAGCAAAGACUAAGAACUAUGAAUGUCGCAAAAUGCUCAACAUGAAAGUAUCCAGUGCAAGCCAAUGGCCAACGACGAAACCGAAGUCUUAUUAUUACAGUUUCGCAUUAAAUUCUCAACUUUAUAGUGUUUUAUCCAAAAACAACCUGGUUCUUCAAAUGGAUGGCACGCGUUUACGAAAACUAAGCUCACGAUAUCCAUGGACUUUUUGUGUUUGUAUAGUCUGUUCUCAAAGUAUGAACCAAAAUGAAGUGGAUUCGGUAUUUUCUCUCGGCCUUUUGUCGUUAUUAAAGAAAAGACUGAUAUAUUUAUCAGCCGCAGUGUCUGAUAUUGUGCGGGAAAAACUUGGAAUAGACUGGAGGACGAACCAGUUUCAUCCGGAUUGUGAUAAGCUGUGUGGAUGUGUCAAAUGUACUUCUGAAAACCAUAAGGACAAUGAAUCUAAGAUGCUGGAAGGAGAAGCCUCCGAACCUGGGCAAUAAGUCUUCAGCUGCAUACCUUAAUGAUAAUAUAUCACAUAAAUGCACCUUCUUAAAUGACUCCAUGGGUGGACGGAUGGACGGACGGUUGGAAGGAUGGACAGUUGAUUGGAUGGGUGUGUGGGUGGAUUGAUGGAUGGAUAGACGGUUGGAUGGAUGGAUGGAUGGAUGGACGGAUGGAUUGAUAGAUGGAUGGAUGGCUGGAUGGAUGGAUGGAUGGAUGGAUGGACGGAUGGAUUGAUAGAUGGAUGGAUGGCUGGAUGGAUGGAUGGAUGGAUGGAUGGAUGGAUGGACAGAUGGACGGUUGGAUGGAUGGACGGUUGGAUGGAUUGAUUGCUGGAUAGAUAUUUGGAAAGUGACCCAGUCAAACAUAUCUAUUGUUUUGUGUUUUACAGCUCUGUUUCCUAUUUGCCAGAAAUAUUAACAUCAAUGCCAGUGUAACUGCACUUUAUGUUCAGUGUCUUGUAUGAUUGUUUUGUGUAUGUAUGGCAGUGUUUUUGUACAGUUCACAUUUGAUUUUGCAUUUGAAUUUCCCCUUAUUGUGAUAAAGUUUAAGCAAUGAGCAGCUUUUAUGCCCACAUAAUUUUUUAUAUUUUGGACAAAAAAGAAUAUUCUUGAGUAGACAUGAAUAGACAUAAAUUCAAACUGAGGCUGCAGUGUGUCUGAUGUUCUGCCUAUUACAAAUUAAAGAUUUGAAACAAAAGCGUUCUUUUGAAGGGUGUUUUGAGGUCAUUUAAUUUGAACUUAAUUUGUUAUACAAAUCAGGCUCUUGUGUAUAAAAUAUUUCACCCCUUUUCUUUCCAACUACAGAAUUAAAAUAUACAUGAGAGCAAAUAAACCGUAACA